AACCUGAAAGAAUACGAGGUCAUCCUGCAAAGGGCUGCCCUUUACCGUUUGUCUCAUGAAGAAGUGAAAACAUUGUGUGUUUGUGCUCGACAUUGCUAUAGUAUGGGCAAGUACUGGAGGCCUCCAAAGCUGUGUCAGUAUCCAGGGCACAAAGGACCACCCACCAGCGUCAAAAGUCGUGACGUGAUCAACAAUGCCAUGGCCAAGGAGGUGUUUCAGUUGUUUGAUAUAUCUGUGCCGAUAGCCUCACGUAAGAAUUAAACACACAACUUUUGGAGAAUUUCUUUGUCAUAAACAUUUUCUUAUUUUACAGUGCUUCUCUUAUAUGGUAUUUUUUAUUACUUUUUUCUUGUCUUUCCGUUAGCUAUAUGUUCACCCUGUCGUAAAAAACAUAACGCAGAUACGAAUUCUACAUUGUUUGCUCCUGAAGAGGAAUGUACAAAAACACAUGCUCCCUAA